CAUUCUAAAAAAGUAGCACAGAAGUCGGAAAUGUGCGGCGCCGCUUUCCUCAUCCGCCAAGCCAGUGUUUGGGUCGUGCCUCGGCGCGAGCCUCAGCCGCCUUCGCUCCCUUGUUUUCUCGCAGCUGAGAGGUAUGCAAGGGAAAGGCGAAUUGGUAGAAGGUAGAUAUCCCCUGACAUGGUAAAGUUUGCUGAGGCUGAGAAACGAGGUAGAGGGGGGGAGGGAGGUGACCGACGGUAUCCCCCAGUGGUGUUGCUUGAGAGACCAAAGAUGAGCCGUGCAAUGUGGGAGUCCCUGAAGGCUCACAUCAUUAGAGACCGCAAGAGGAAGAAAGAAGAACAAGAAGCAGAUGCAGAAGAAGAGAGGCUCCGCAAAGAGCGUGAGAACAGAAAAAAGCAGCAUGCCAUGACGCUGGAAGAGACCAGAGACACAAUUGUGAAGAUGGAGCAAGGUCUUACUGACUUGAAAAACCAAAAGCACCAGCUGUUUCAGGAUCUAAAAGUCGUCUUGAACGAGGAUGCAACCAGAAAGCGUGCUCAGCAACAGCAGAAUUAUCUAAAAGAGAGCUGGCAGGGACGGGAUUCUGAGCAUGGAAAUAGUCUUCUCCCUGGCACUGGCACCAUUCCACUCAUGGCUCACAGAUGGCCUUCAGCCAAAAUUCUCAUGACAGUAUGUUUUUGUCACCCGAGCUCCUUGCCAGAUUUUUCCAUGACAACAUGUUCAAGUCACCUCGCCCUCAAGCACAACAUUUUCAUGACGUGGUGGUCAUAUAAUCCAGAUCAUAGGAGUGAAUGCCAGAUGAUAUCUAUUUAUGCCAUGGCCAACUGGCUAGUGUCCUUGCCAUAUGUAGUCAAGCCUUCUCUGAGCUUACGUGAGCAGCCGUUCUGCCGGUUGUGUGACUUUCACUGCGCCAGGAAUGAGAUGCUGAGCAUGGAAAUGGCAUCUUCCAUGGAGCCAGUGUUCUUUCAUCUGCAGGGUUCUAUGAAGAGAUCACGCACACCAUCUCCUCCUCCACAACCAGGCUACCAACAGAUCCCCUACAACUUCAAGAACCUGUCUGGGCAUCCCCCACCAAGUGUACCUGUCUCUCUGCCCACAACCAAGGCUGGAACGGCGAGCAGUGUAUACGUGACAGGUCAAGCGCCUUACUAUCAUGGGUCAUCUCAGGCCCACAGCAGCUCGAGCCAAUACCAGGCAUCAUCCCAGACUGCAGCAUACCUGCCGUCCGCUGCUCCCCCCCUCACAAACACCCCUGUCCCCUCUCAACCCACACCUCCCCCUUCCCGAGAUGAUAAGCAUCUGCAGCCAGUCUAUAUGCAGAGCAGCAGAGCGACCCACGUGUCUGCCCUCCACCAGCCCUUAGACCAUAAGGGCAAGCCAACUGGGGGGGCCUUCCUACCCCCAGGGGAAGGAGCACAGGAAAAAUACUUCCAGCCCACUGUCAGAUCGCACCUGCCUCUGCAUUCGGGAGUGUUGCCUGUCCAGCAGCCACAUCCAGGGGGUGGGAAGGGAGGCAGCAUCACCUCAGGCUUCCCAGUCCGUACUGCUCCACCAUCUUCCCAGCCCCCCUCACCUGUGGUGAGCUCUGCUCCCCAUGCCAGCAAGCCUGAUACCAAGCCAAGAUCAUAUAGUAACCAGCAUCCAAACUACACACGUUCAUUCUACUGAAACACCAUUCAGUCUGAUGAAGUCUCAAGAAAAUGUUCUAAGGGAAAUAAAUGCUUACAAAGGUCUGAGUCUCAUCAAGCAACAGAGCAUUUUUGUCAUUAGGAGUAUCAGUUUCUCAAUAUUUUGUAUCUUCUACUGAUAUCAGUAACUAUGAUAAGUACCAAGUUUCCAAUUUUGAAAGUAACAUUUACCAUAACCAUUGAUGUUAUUACACUUGGCAAUGUAUCAGUACUUAUGAUCAUGUAUAUUUCCUCAGUCAAGGUUUUGUAAGAUAGAUAGAUAUAUAUAUAUAUAUAUUACUUAUUUUAAUAUGACAUUUCAGUAUUUUUUUCUUUUCUUUUAUUUUAUUGGUUAAGGGUUAAUGAAUAUAACAUAUAGAGGUUUAGACUUGGUUUGUACUCUUCUUGAAUCAUCAAAGGAAGAGAUGUACAUGUACUGUACUGAUGAUAUGUUAGGUGUAAGUAGAUUGUAAAUGAUGAAUUUUAUUUCAGUGGGGCAUCAUCAAAAUCUUUGUAUUUUUAUUUAGGGAAGAGUCCAGUUUAUGAAUGAGGCAAUUUUUAAAUAAAAAUAUUUUAAAGGAA